AGGCAGCUUCUUGACACCUCCCGCCCACGCCGUGCGAUGGGGCCUACCCUGCACCAGAAGUGGAGACAUGACCUGGGUCUAUCGCAAAAAGUUGCGCUGUAAUAAGCUACUUGGAAAGGAACAUCAUCUGUCAAUCGACCAGCGAAACGCAAGCCAACUCAAACCCCAUAAAACUACAUACGCCACCACAAUGGACGCCUCCGACGUUGAAAAGCUACAGCCCAAGGACAAGGCCGAGCUCCUCCAGUUCGUCAACAACGAGCAACAGAGGACCAAAGUCCAGAGCCAAACACACAACCUCACCGAAGUUUGCUGGAAAAAGUGCGUGACUUCUAUCAAGGGCAACGGCCUGGAGAAGAGCGAGGAGCAGUGCCUGGCCAGCUGCGUCGACCGGUUCUUGGACGUGAACCUGGCGACGAUGCAGCAUCUCAGCACCCUCCGAAGGUAGAGAGAGAAUGGAUGCGGAUUUCAUGGGCGCUGAGAAGGGGGCGCGGAGCUCCUAUAAAAUGGGUGAUGAGACCUCAUUUCCUCACCGUCUUGAUCGAGCUCACGACAAUAGCAACGGCUGCACAAGUUUGCCGGAAAUCCAAUGUACGAUACGCAUACGGCGGUACUGGUUAUCAUAGACAUUGCAAAUAAUACGUAACCCUCCCUCGAGGGCACGAAGAAAACCUGAAUAUAAGACCAAGAGUAGGACAUUGAAUGGGGAAGGCAUAUUCACAACGACAACAUUUCAUUCAAGACGCUUGCAGGGAAAUCAUCAGAACUGCCUUCAAGAGGU